AUGGCCGAGACACAAGAGCAGCCUGAAGCCAGCCCACGUACGAUGCGCAAAGCCGUUCAAGUCGUGGGCAACAACGACUCGCCGCUACACUCCUCGGGCUCCCUUGCCCCGGGGAGCUUCACGUCUGUGCUUGCUGCCGGCCGCGGCUUGUCGUCGCUGGACAUGUCCUCCAAGCGAAGGUUCAGGAGCUACCGUUUGCGAGGCGAGUAUGAAAAGCCAUGGCUUGCCGAUCCGGCCAUGAACAAGACCAAGUGGAACAACUGGAUUGUCCGCGCCUUUGCUCUACUGGGCUUCAUUCUGGCCGGCGUGGCGGCCUUCAUUAUGAUCUGGCCCUAUAGGGAGGGAAAUUACUGCCUCAUCUACGAUGACCACUUCACCACCCUCGACAAGACAGUCUGGACCCAAGAAGUCCAGCUCGACGGCUUCGAGGCCGGCUCCUUUGACUGGACCACCACAGAUGACAAGAACUCCUACGUCGACUCUAACGGCCUGCACAUUGUGCCAACCCUGACCAACCAGACCACCUCCAUCACCAGCAACGACCUCUACGCCAACUACACCCUGGACCUGCUCAAAGACGGCAGCUGCACAGGCCGGUCCAACAGGUCCUGCAUCGCCACAUCCGACCCCAUCAAAGGCACCAUGAUUCCCCCCAUCCGGUCGGCUCGCCUUUCCACCAGGGGGAAACGGAGCAUCCGCUACGGAAAGGUUGAGGUUGUGGCCAAGCUACCCAAAGGCGACUGGAUCUGGCCAGCAAUACGGAUGAUGCCCGAAGACUCCGUCUAUGGCGAGUGGCCUCGCAGCGGUGAGAUCGACGUGAUGGGAUCCCGAGGCAACUCGCGUCAGUAUCCCGAAGGUGGCCGCGACUACUACUAUGGCACGUUACACUGGGGCCCUACUGCUGAAAACGAUGGCUACUGGAGAACGACCCAGGCCAAACAGAUCCGUCGCGGCGACUACUCCAAAGCGUUUCACACCUAUGGCAUCCAAUGGACCCCCAGCUACAUCUACUUCUACAUUGACAGCCGCAUCCACCAGAUUCUCUUCGUCGGCUUCCACGCCACCAAGCCGCUCUACGACCUGGGUGGCUUCGCCCGUGUGGCCGAGAACCAAACCCUGCUGGCCAACCCGUGGGCCAUGUCCAGCUCCACCACUGGCAACGCACCCUUUGACCAGAGGUUCCAUCUGAUUCUCGACGUGGCAGUUGGUUCCAACAACGGCUGGUUCCUAGACCACGUUGGAGAAAAGCCGUGGAUAGAUGGCGCCAAGAAUGCCCAGUGGACGUUUUGGGAUGCUGCUGCUCGGUGGCUACCGACGUGGGGUGAGGGCGACGAGCGCGGCAUGACGGUCCGGUCUGUCAAGAUGUGGCAGCUGGGACAGUGUGGUCAAGCGGAGCUGUGA